AUGUCUGCUUUCAUAACGCAUAAUCAUAAUACAUAUGAACCAUUAACUGGAAUGACUAACAAUACACUUUAUCUUGAACAGCUUACUUUUCAAUCCAUGAUGUCUGCUGACAUUCACAUUUUAUUUAUUUUUCCUCCUUCAAUCUCAUUUUUUUCUGUUGGUCCAUUUACUUUUCUCGCUCAAAUAAUUGAUUUCGGGGUUGGCAUGCAGCAAAAAAAAGGAAAGAGGAAAAAAGGAAAAGAAAUGUUUGUUGUCAUAAUCGAGUUCACACGUCUCAAAACUUUUCUAUUAGUUGGGUUGAUAAGAGAAGAAGGUGGAGACAGUCAAGGACCUUAA